UUGUAACCAGUUCUGAUCUCAUUGUGAAGGUCCUCGAAGAUGAGCUGCAAACACUGUAUUCAGGUCCUGUGGCUUGUGCUUCCCCUCUCACUGACUGCAGAGAGAUUCACAGUCAGUGGCCCGGCCCUCCCUGUCCCAGCCAUUGCUGGUUCAGAUGUUGUCCUGGACUGUAAGUGUUCCAUAGACCUGCCACGAGAGGGUGUGGAGGUGAGAUGGUUCAGGACAAGAUACGACUCCCCUGUGCACUUAUACAAGGAGGGACGACAGCAACUGGAAACACAGGAUGAAGCCUACAGACACAGAACACAACUGUUUGUAGAGGAGUUUAUCAACGGCGAUGUGUCUCUCAGACUGGGAGAUGUGCGGGUGUCAGAUAACGGAGAGUACACAUGUUUGGUUAGAUACGCCCGAUUGUAUGAAGAGGCAGAGAUAGAGUUGAAAGUUAUAGGCCUUGGCAGUCAGCCUUGGAUUCACGUUGAUGGGCAGCACAGUGAUGGUGUGAGGCUGCGGUGUGAAUCCAGUGGAUGGUUCCCAGCACCAGAGGUUCUGUGGUUUGAUGAUCAGGGAAACAACUUAACAACACUCAGUAACUGGACGGUCAGAGAGGAUUCUAAAGGUCUCUUCAGUGUUAAAGGCCAAAUAGAAAUAAUCUAUUCAACCAACAAGAUCAGGUGUCUGAUUCACAAUGAAGAAAAUGAACAAGAAGGAAAACUCCAAAUCUCAGACGAGUUCUUUCCCAAAGUGCCAGUGGGUUUGGUGGUUUCCGCACUGCUCUUAGGACUUGCCAUAUUGGUGCUGAGUGUUCUUGUCCCCUACAGUGUAAAACAGCGCCGAGAGAUCAAAGAUCUUGAGAAGAGAGUGGAGUUGAAAAGGAUUCGUGAGUCUGCAGUUACAGUCACUCUGGAUCCUGACACAGCCCAUCGUCAGCUCAUCCUGUCUGAGGACCUGACCAGUGUGAGACACGGAGACGAAGAGCAGCCGCUCCCUGACUCCCCGAAGAGGUUUAGUAACUAUCCCAUUGUCCUGGGAUCUGAGGGCUUCACAUCGGGGAGACAUUACUGGGAGGUGCAGGUGGGCAACAAGAGAGAGUGGAUUGUGGGAUUGGCCGCAGAGUCUGUCAACAGGAAACAACCAAUCACUUGGUCACCACAGGGUGGGGUCUGGGGGGUGUGGCUGAGGGCUGGGGUCUAUGAUGCUCUGACGUCACCCCCCACCCGCCUGCCCCUGACAGUGAGACCCGGGAAGGUCGGGGUUUACAUGGACUAUGAGGGGGGACAGGUGUCAUUUUACAACGCUCACAACAUGGCUCAUCUCCACACUUUCACCCAAACUUUCACUGAGAAACUUUAUCCUCUGUUCAGUCCCAGGUUUGGUUCUGAGCCUCUGACAAUCUGUCGGUGACAGUUAAUGAGGAGGAAAAAUUGUCCAUUAUAAUGAGGAGCAAAAACCCUCAGCCAUUAACUUCAUACAAUGGCGGUGAAAAUAUUCUUGGGUGUGGGGGGGAAGGGUGUGCACUUUAAAAUGGGCAUCACCCCGACCAUCACCCUACACACACCCUCACAUAUACACCCCAC